AUGGUUGAUGGGUGGAUUGGCGGCGAGGUGCUGGCGCAGGCGCUGAGGGACUGUAAAGGGGUGAGGGACCGCAAGUCGUUCAUGGAGUCUCUCUUCAACCAACGCCGGUAUUUAAUCGACGACCUUGUGAUUGGCGACUUCGGGGGCGAGUGUAAAGGCGAGGCUGAAGCACGGGGUGCUGUCUGCCACUGCAACCAGGGCGGUGCCGCGGUGUACAUGAAGCGGUUCGUGGAGGGCUUUCGUGCGGAGGUGGUUGAUAAGGGCCUCACGACGUUCAGCUUGUCAAGUUGUCACGGUUCAGAGAUUGAAGCGCCGCCGGUGUUCAGUGGGGCGGCCUUUCUAAUGAAUGACAGCGCUGUUGCAAAAGCUGCCUCUGCAGAGUUGCUCCUUGGGGGUGCUCUGGCAUAUUCACCCCAGAUGGCCUCGUGGGAUGAAAGUCAGAUCCACGUGGCCCCUCUUCCCUCCACUCUUGCUGAUGCCCGUGACGCCCUGCAGUCGGAGCUGCAGUCACGGCGGGUUCAUGGGGUUGCGGGGGUUGUGACGGAGGCGAUGCUGGGCGUGGAGAGUGUGGCCUUCAUCGACCCGCUGCAGCUCGAGCCGCGGCUGAACAGGUUCCGUCGGCACGUGAUCCACCUGUCGCCGACGCUGGAGCAGCAGUUCUUCGUGCUUGCGGAGUACCUCCGGGACACGGGUGUCCGCG